CCUCCCCUCCAGACCUUCAUCCUCUCGGGGGGCGGCGCCACGUCCGGGCCGCGCCCGGCAGAGACCAGCAAGGACCUGGGCCAGUCGGCCAUGGCGGCGGGGCCAGGCAGCGAGAACGGCACCGAGUGCAGAAGUGGCUAAGUCAGGGAUAACAACUCCUGCAAAUCCGUCUGCGACAUCUUCCCCAGCUACUGCCACAACGGGGGCCAGUGCUACCUGGUGGAAAGCUUGGGCGCCUUCUGCAGGUGCAACACCCAGGACUACAUCUGGCACAAGGGGGUUCGCUGCGAGUCCAUCAUCACCGACUUCCAGGUGAUGUGCGUGGCCGUGGGCUCGGCCGCCCUCGUGGUCCUGCUGCUCUUCAUGAUGACCGUCUUCUUCGCCAAGAAGCUCUACCUGCUCAAGACUGAGAACAACAAGCUGCGCAAGACCAAGUACCGCACGCCGUCCGAGCUCCACAACGACAACUUCUCCCUCUCCACCAUCGCCGAGGGCUCCCAUCCAAACGAGGACCCCAGUGCGCCCCACAAGCUGCAGGACUCUCUGAAAUCCUGCAUGAAAGAAGAGGAAUCCUUUAACAUCCAGAACUCCAUGUCGCCCAAGCACGAUCACGGGAAAGGCGAAGCGGCCGACGCCGGCGUGAACUGUCUGCAGAACAACUUGACAUGAAGGGAAGGGCCGGGAGGCGCGAGAUCACACUCCCUUCCCUCGUGUACAACCCCCAUUUCUACUCACUCUUCGUUACGUGUGUCCCCGCCCCGGCUCCGCGGCAUGCUUUGGUGUGUUUUGUACAGAGAAAAAAAAAAUAAUAAUACAAACGAAGACUCGAAAUGCUCUUCAGAUGAAUUGUGUCCGUUGGGUUGUCUGGUCCGUGCGCUGUCCGUAUAUUGCUUGCCUUAGUUCCACGGCUGUGAUUUCUAAACCUUUGCUGUGACUCAACCGGCUUUUUUUGUACUUUUGCCCCGCCUUUUUUUGAAAUACGAGUU